AUGCGAUCGAAAGUUCUUUUCGGAGUUAUACUGUCAAUAUCCGUCGCGUUCUGCUUGUGCCCGCUACCAACCGAGUUUCAAAUUUAUGCAAAGAAACUUUAUGAGGACCAUUUGAACGAGUAUAAAGACCAGGCAGUUGCACUCUGGAUUGGCAUCCUCAGGACUUUGAACAAUUUCCCUGAAGUCAAAAUGCGCACAGCUAUCCUCACUGCUUUCGCCUUUUGCGCGACUGUCUUUGCUCAGUCGAACGUCGAGUCGUACAUCGCCAAAGAGAAACCCAUUGCCAAAGCAGGGAUUCUUGCCAACAUCGGACCUUCAGGAUCCAGAGCUGCUGGCGCAAGUCCUGGUGUGAUCAUUGCUAGCCCCAGCAAGCAAAAUCCUCCCUACUUCUUCACCUGGACGCGUGAUGCCUCUCUUGUCAUCAAGGGUCUUAUCGACGAGUUUACCCGUGGAGAUGACAGUAGCCUCAGGACAACUAUUGACAACUACAUCUCAUCGCAAAUUAUUCAACAAAAGGUGUCGAAUCCCAGUGGUAGCAUCACCACCGGUGGUCUCGGCGAACCGAAAUUUAACGUUGACCUUACCGCAUACACUGGAGAAUGGGGACGUCCCCAACGUGAUGGCCCUGCCCUCCGCGCGACAGCCAUAAUCACGUAUGCCAAUUGGUUGCUUUCCCAGUCCAACAACACUUUUGUCACCAAUACGUUGUGGCCCAUCAUCAAAACCGAUCUCGACUACACCGCUGCCACCUGGAAUCUCACAGGUUUCGAUCUUUGGGAAGAAGUCUCGUCAAGCUCUUACUUCACCUCUGCUUCUCAGCACCGCGCCCUUCGUGAAGGUGCAGCGCUGGCUGCUCGCAUUGGACAAACUUCGGUUGUCUCUGCUUACACUAAAGAGGCCGAUAACGUGCUCUGCUUCUUGCAGUCAUAUUGGAACCCGUCGCAAGGUUUUAUGACCUCCAACACUGGCGGUGGCCGCUCUGGCAAGGACGCGAAUACUGCCUUGGCUUCGGUGCACAACUUUGACCCUGAGGCAGGAUGUGAUUCGGUGACCUUCCAGCCAUGCUCCGACAAGGCGCUCUCAAGCUUGAAGGUUUAUGUCGAUGCUUUCCGCUCCGGUAUCUAUCCCAUUAACAACGGCAUUGCUUCCAACGCUGCCGUUGCUACUGGCCGUUAUACUGAGGAUGUUUAUUACAACGGAAACCCAUGGUACCUUACCACUACUGUCGUCGCUGAACAACUUUACGAUGCUCUCAUUGUGUGGAACAAGCAAGGAUCUUUGGAAGUCACCCCUAUCUCCUUGCCAUUCUUCAGGCAAUUCUCUCCCUCUGUGGCUGUCGGCACUUACAGCAAAUCCUCAAGCACGUUUUCCACUCUCAUUACCGCUGUUAAAGACUUUGCCGAUGGAUUCAUUGAUGUUGUUGCCAAGUAUACCCCCGCCGAUGGUUCAUUGGCCGAACAAUUCAUCAGGAACACUGGGGCUCCCACCAGUGCCACUCAUUUGACUUGGAGUUACUCAGCCAUUUUGGCCGCUUUCCAUGCUCGCGACGGUAUCACCCCCGCUAGCUGGGGCGCCAAGGGGCUUUCUCCAACUGCUAGCUGCGGCAGUGGUGGCGCUGGCUCUGUUCAAGUCACUUUCAAUGUCCGGGCCACUACCUUCUACGGAGAGAACAUCUAUAUCACUGGCUCCGUAGAUGCCCUCAAGAACUGGAACCCUGAUCAUGCCGUCCUUCUUUCGGCCGCUAACUAUCCCACUUGGAGUGUCACCUUGCCCAUCCCUGCAAACACUGCCAUCCAAUUCAAAUUCAUUCGCAAGGCCAAUGGACAAGUUACUUGGCAAUCCGAUCCCAACAACGCUUACACCAUCCCUGCCUCUGGAACUUAUGUUAUCAACGAGAACUGGCGCUAA